AUGGUAGCUAUGUCUCAAAAAGAAGGCGUCAGUGAAAGGAGGAGGUCUCCGUCUCCGAUCCUAGAAAAAGUCUUAUCUGAAGAUCCAGUGUAUGGUGACGAUGACCAAGAUGGCGCCCAGUCCGUUAUGCAACCCGCAUUGAGUGUUGCUGCAACCCGACUCACUUUACCACAAACAUCCAAAGCUGAAAAGGCUGCUGCAUUGGAGAGAGAGAGGGAAAGGAAGUCGUCCGGACUCUUCCUGCCUGGUAAUACGAGUAGUGACGAUUCCGCUAGCUCGCCAGAAUUAACGCCCUUCCCCGAUGAGAUUCCUACCACUUUCGAGACCGAGUCGGACACUCCCAUCUCACCGGCGCCGCCUCGCAGACGGGAGUCUCAAAAGCUCCAAAAAGCUAGGCCAGCUCCAAAGGAAGACCUGCCUUCACCAUGGCAGUCGAGUCCACGGAACAUGAUAUUUGGUGGUGGGGACGGCGAAGCGCCCAAGACCGCCCUCGAAUCCAUAUCUUUUGGUCAAACUAGACAUAAACGCUCAUCUUCCACGGGAGCUGAUGCGCUAAAGAAGUUUUCGAAUGCUUUUUCUUCGUUCCCGGCUCCUUCGGCAAUCUUCAAUUCUUUAUCCUUCUUUACUGCCGCCGCAGAGAAGACGGAGCCGAAAUCGACGACGACGACGACGACGACGACGACCGAACAGCGGAAAUUUCCCCUGGCCCAGAGUAGAAGGCCUUAUAACAGCACAGCUGCCAUGUCUAGCGGUGCCAAUAGUCUUCCUCGUGCGCAGACGAUGGCCAACGAAGCAUCCGGUAAUCGUCCGUCUGUAUCAUCUGGGAGACCUUCUACCACAAGGCCCCGUGUUUUGAGACGAGUUACAUCCGAUGAUUCGCUGCUGUACCACUCGCUAUCCCGCACAUCUUCUAUUGGGGAUGACGAUGGCAGGUUUGACCACGUCAGAGAAAUGGCCAAUGUGAGGAUGAAGGCAAUCAAAGACAGUCUGCCCGAAAGACCAACGUUCAAAAUGCCAAGCCUACCCAAACUUGGAUCGUCACUCAAACUCAACGAAGACGCAACGGGCAAGACAAUACCUGAAGCCCCAGCACCCAAAGUCGACAACGACGGACUGUCAACUCUAGACAGAGUGCUGGAGACGUUGACUGGGGAUAUAGUAAUUCUGGGUGGUUACCGUGGUUCGAUUCUACGAUCAGCAGAGCCUCCGCACCACCAACUAUGGGCUCCAGCCAAAAUCGGCCUCAACAUGAGGAAGGCGGACUUGGAGGUUGGCCUUGACCCCGAAGACGAAGAGUCAAUGGAAGAGCGCAUCAUCCCGUCAGGCAUGCUCCAGAACAUCGGCCCAAUCGACAUUUCCAGAAAGUUGUUCAAGAAGAUUGCCGCUUGCGAAAACGUUCGGAAAGGAAAGCUACGUUUACAUGAUUAUGGCUACGACUGGAGACUGAGCCCUCAUCUACUAUCACGUAAAAUGGUUGAGUUCUUGGAAAAGCUGCCAUGCAACCAGGCGGAUUCGAAAGAGCCCAGAGGCGCUCUUGUUUUGGCCCACAGUCUCGGUGGUCUUAUCACCCGCCACGUCGUCAACCAGAGACCGGAUCUGUUCUCCGGAGUGGUCUACGUUGGUACACCUCAGCGGUGCAUCAACGUCCUGGGGCCCCUAAGAGACGGCGACGCAGUCCUCCUCAAUGAGAAGAUCUUGACUGCGCAGGUCAACUUCUCACUCAGAACAUCCUUCGUGUUUCUGCCUGAUGACGGCUUCUGUUUCGUCAAUAAGGACACGAAGGAAGAGUACAAUAUCGACUUUCACGACGUAAACGAAUGGAUCAAAUAUCGUCUCACACCAUGUAUUGAGCCUCCGCUACCUUCCCUAGUACCAAAGGAAAAGUCGACAACGUUCAGCUCUCUAUUGUCAGUCCGCAGUCGCAGCUCAAGCGAGAAGAAACAAAACCAUGUCUUGCCGCCAUCAGUAACCGACGCGGCCCGGAGGGUAGAGCACGUCCGCGAAGGAGGCAUCAACCCACAGAUAGAUGGCAACAAACCAUCGCCAUUCACAAAGGGGGCAUCUGGCAUAACUACGCCCCCCAACCGCGCCAGAAACAUUGCCUACCUCGAGCGUACCCUUGCCGAGGUCAAGAGAUUCCGUCAAGAAACACAAUUCGACCCAGCACUAUCAGAGGCCAACGCGUACCCUCCUCUCGGUAUCAUCUACGGCAAGGAAGUCCCCACCGUUUACGCCGUCAAGGUCAGCAGCCGCGAGGCCAUCUGCCAUGCACAAGCCUACGACGACCUCAUUUUCCGCGCCGGCGAUGGCGUGGUUCUCGCGCGCGAGGCGCAGCUGCCAGAGGGGUACGAACUGGUACGCGGUGGGCGUGUCAGCACCGAGCGCGGACACUUGACCAUGCUCGGUGACAUGCCCGCCGUCGGCAAGGCGUUGGAGGCUGUGAUUCGGGGCCGAAGGAAGGGCAUCGGCAUGGGGAAAGUCGUAAAGGAACAUGUUAGUAAGAAAGAGGGUGUCGCUAGAGCCUAG